GGUGCGACGACUGUCCGACAUUCUUCAACCGCUUGUCUCCUUCGGACACCGCCGUCAUCUGCUCCUCGCGAGGUCCCUACCCCGCUUGUCUUUGUCUCGUCGAGCUCCUGGGAUCCACGCUCGCAACAAGGGCUCAGGUCGCUGGCAACCAUGUUCACCACGCGCGGGUUUACCUGUCUGGAGGUUGACUUGGCACCGCCCGAGAAAGCGGAGACGUCGGACGCACUGAUGCAACACUACGAAGCAGAGCUGUCGUCGCACAUCCGUCUCACCAUGAUUCCCUUCGCGCCAAUCAUUGUCGCUCGGGGGUCGGGUGCACUCAUCGCACAGACCUACAUCUCGUCUCACCCUGCCUCCGGUCUGCUACUCAUCUCGCCGCCGGUAUCCAACGCUGCCCUCCAGUCGUCGUCGGAGGCCGAAGACAAGACCCUCUUGCCAACGGUCCUUCCGGAGUUCAACUUCGAGCCGAGAUUUCCGUGUGCCGUCCUGUGCACACAGCGAGAAGCCACGGCGUUCACCGAGAACAGGCUAUGGGCGGAUGAGAACGUUAGCAAGUUGGUCACGCGGGACGAACAGGCCCUGGAUGGUCAAGAAGGCUUCGUCAAGAUAGAACAGUGGUUGGACGAAGUUGGCGUGUAACAUGUGCGACGAGUGCGGACGGUAUGAUGCUUCGAGCUCCGUAUGUGAUACAUGAAUUUCACAUGCAUCUUUGUUGAAUUCCAUCGUCUUACCGCAGAGAAGUCC